GCAUGGGGUUUAAGAGGGGGUCCCUGGAAUUUUCUUCACCAUUGUAAGGGGUCCCCAGACCCAAAAGGUUUGAGAAGCCCUGCUGUAGAGCCUCCAUCAGGUCCACACUUUAGUUUUCAGUCAGAGACAUGAACAGUAGAGUGCCCCCUGGUGGCUGCAGACCUCAGCAGCAGCUCAUCACGUUUCUGUCUGUCUCCAUCAGGUGUGUCACCACACCACCACCCACCACUCUCCACUCCAUCUGCACAGUGACAGGACACUCAGUCAUUGACUUCUCCAGCCACUUGGACUUUGUAAAGGAUCUGUGUGAGUACUUGUUGCUGAAAAUCGAGAGUCUCUCUGUGAAGGCCAGCUUUCUUGAGCGUCGUACAGAUGUGAGCUUCCUGGACAGCGUGUGGCUG